AUGUUUUUCAACUUCGCUCGUUUUUUCACUCAGCAAUAGCAAUUAGAUACUUUGUUGACCAAUCCUGAUUGCGAUUUGGAGUCGAUUUUAUCGGCUGAUGGAAUAUUGCAAGAAAUAAAAGGAUUAGGGGCUACCAAGUUUGCUGAUCAUGUCUUAAAGCAUCCAGAAAUGUAUUAAAAAAUGAUUAAUUACAUUAUUUAAUUUGAAGAUGAACUCAUUGAUAAGAAGACUCAAAUUUAAUUCCCGUUUUUGACAAGUGAGAUCUUGGGUAGUUAAAAUUAGAAAUUGAUUGAUUACCUAUUUGAAUGUCCUGAGGAGGAAAUAUAAUUUGAAAAUUAAUAAAUACGCUAAGGAUUAUACGGCUAACUCUUGUCGUUCUUGGAGAAUGAUAUUCUGAAUGUUACUUCAGCAGGAUAUUUCGCAAAAGCAUUCAUAGCAAUAAUUAAGAAGAGAGGGUUUGACGUUUGGGCAACGAUCAUCAAAAACAAAGCAAUACUAUCAAACCUAAUAAAACACAUAGACAUAAAGCACAUCGCAGAAAUAAUUGAGAAGUUGAUAAUUUUGGAUACGUCCCAAGAAAAUUACGAAGAGAAAUUCUUUGAAGAAAGAAAGGAAUUAUUGGAAAGAAUAAUUAAAUUAUUAUAACACAAAUCUUACAACACCGAGAUAGUGGAUAACGUUUGUGAUAUUUUGAUUGAGAUCACCUCUAAGAGUAUGAGUUCUCUCUAUUACAACAACGGGGAGAUCAUUCCUUUUAUUGAUAUCAUCAAGAAACCUGACUUAUUUUUGAAUAUUGCCUUGUAAACUUAGCGCAUAGGUCCCUAUUAAUUACUGAUUAAUUUGGUGGAGAUGCAAUCAAAAGAGACCAAAAAGGAGGACGAUGAUGAAGUCGUUCACAAUUUGGAGAAAGACUAUUCAAUUUUUGAGUCCAUCCUAUCUGAAUUGCCUCCCAACCUCUUGAACCAGGACUAUCACACAAGCAACUUUGUUAACUCUAAUCGACAUUCCAUCCAACCCUUUGGAUUAGCUAGAAUGCACUUGCUCAAACUAAUUCAAGUCCUUGUUCAAACCAACGAUUUAAAAAUCAUCAAGACUCUAAUAAAUUGCAGACUUAUUGGAGCGUUGUAGACCAUCAUUCUUAAGUAUGAAUCAAACAAUCAGAUCCAUGCAUGUUGCGAUAAAAUACUCAGGGCCAUUAUUGAUCUUAAUCAAGAUGAUUUCACAUAAGAUGUUUUUGAAAAUAAUGAUCUUCUAAAUUAUAUUGUGUAAAAUCACACUGUUGAAAACAUAAAAAAAGGAUUCAUUGGAUUUAUGACUUAGAUUUCUAAUUACCUGGAAGAGAAGGCCAAACAAAACAACAAAAUUUAAAAGUUCCUUCGAACCAAUGAGUAAUGGUAACAAUUUACAGAAAAUAUCUUGAACAAUGUGAAUUCAAAGGAGAAACCCUACUUGUGUAAUGCCAAUCCAAGACCAAGUUAAGAACCCGAUGUUCUUGAUGAAUAAGAAACUGACAACAUCUUGAACAUUCUGAGAAAAUUUAACAAUAAUUUUUAGAAGAGUGACAAGCAUGUUGGAAAUAAUGAAAAUGGAGAGGGAGUCUAGAGGAAUACUGAAGUGUUGAAUGAAUUUGAGCAAGAUUAAUAGGAGGAUAACUUAGAGGAGGAAGGUGUUUAAGAGACAUAGGGUCAAUAAGAUCAAUAUAACGAUGAUGAUUAGAAUGAUGAAGAUGACAAAGUUAAGUAGGAAUAUAAUGAGAGCAAUUUCUGGAAGUUGGAUGUCAAUGAGAAGUUAGCUUAAGAAUUGUUGGAUAAUUUUGAAUGAUCAAUUAUCAUUAAUGUAAUUUUGAAUUUAAAUCAU